UCCGCGAGCCGCGCGGCGCACGGAGCACGGCGGCCGCCUGAGCUCGGCGCGGAGCCCGGAGCCCGCAGCCGGCAGUCUCCUGCUCCCGUACGCUGGGCGCCAGCUCCGGCCGUGCUGCCCGGCUGCCCGAGAGCGCGCCUGGCCAUGGAGCCCUCGCACAAAGACGCCGAGACGGCGGCGGCGGCGGCAGCGGUGGCGGCAGCGGACCCCCGGGGGGCGUCCUCGUCCAGCGGGGUGGUGGUGCAGGUCCGCGAGAAGAAGGGCCCCCUGCGCGCCGCCAUCCCCUACAUGCCCUUCCCCGUGGCCGUCAUCUGCCUCUUCCUCAACACUUUCGUGCCGGGACUGGGGACAUUCGUCUCGGCCUUCACUGUGCUGUGCGGGGCCCGCACCGACCUCCCGGACAGGCAUGUGUGCUGCGUCUUCUGGCUGAACAUUGCAGCAGCCCUCAUCCAAAUCCUCACUGCCAUCGUCAUGGUGGGCUGGAUCAUGAGCAUCUUCUGGGGCAUGGACAUGGUCAUCCUUGCCAGCUACAAGGAGCAGGGCAUCCCACAGCAGCUGUGAGCCCACGGGAGCCGCUGGGGAGAUCCAGGGGGGCCCUGUGAGGGCUGCACCAGGCAGCUUUGGGCACAAGGACCUUUACAUGUUCUUUUCUGCCAUUUUCUGGACUGGGGGUGGAAAGGGGGUAUUUUUAAAAAUAUUAUUUAUUUUGAAAACGUGUCUGCUUUUCUCAGCAGGUUGUGAGGGCUGCCAGCCCCUCCUGCUCUGGAAAGCACUGUGGGCGCAGGCACCAGAGCAUCAGAGAGUGGGGUGGAGAUGAGAACGCCCACAGAGACGCUGGGAUGCUCCGGCAGGCUCCAACCAGCCUUGCUGUAUCCACUGCCCACUACAAGGGCACGCUACAGCUGCUGGGCCGGGCCACACCGGGCCCUGUCUCGGUGAGCAGGGGCUCACCAAGGGGACAGGACUGUGGUAGACCCGUCCUCUGGGACCCCACCUGCCUCAAAAUCUGGUGCCCCGAGUGGUUACUGUGUGGUCUCCUGGGGGCAGCACCAGGGUGGGGGUGAGGAUGGCCAGGCUCCACCCUCGCGUGGAAAGGCCCACUGUGCCCACAGCCGGCCUGAGGCCCCGGGGAGAAGACCAGUCCCACAGGCGUCUCCUGGGCCUGCCUCCCUGACCGCACCCCCUGCCUCCUCGCAGCUGAAAUCUAAGGGCUGGGUGUGUCGUGACCUGUGUUUUCCUGGGAAGGAGAGAAGUAGCUCCUUCCCUGGGGUGAAACUGCCAGAACUGCCAGAUGUUUAUACACAAAGUUAUUAGACUGAAGCAGGAGUGGGCAGACUAGCAGCCUUUCACCCAAUACUUAACUGCAUUUCUGGCCCACAUGCCUUUUUCUGAAGUCAUUGGGGCCAGAUGUGUCUCCGAAUUGAGAAAUUUUAGAUUUGAGAAAGACAAUGCGAUCCAUUUAUCGUACACUUUCUAACUUCCCGGCAGAGUGUGGAACAUCUCGCCUACCAUCAGGCACGUGAAUAUUUCUGCAGAGAAACAUGUGACUAGUCCCAUUAAUUGGGAGCUAUACAAACUGUAAAUAGCCUCACCUCAGUUCAGUCUAAUUUUGCCACUAAGUAACUUAGGGAAAAACUUACCAUUUGAGAGCUUUUAGGGUUUCAGAAUUGCAAGAACAAUUGUAUGGGGUUGUGGACCUGGAUCUGAAAAUCCUACUUGCAAACAGAUGCGUUAGAGGGUGAAAUUGUCGGCAUUACCCAGGGACUCCUUCAGUUGCCAAAAGACCAUGGGCCUCUUUAAGGAGCCCCUCUGUAAGUGAUUGGGACAGGGCUAGAUCCCUAAUGGGGGCUAGGGGUGGGGAGAAUCUAGCAGAAGUUGUCCAGGAUACUGUGGAUCAAGUAUCAAUCUGAAAUUAAGAGAAAUUAUACUAAGAGGAUGGACAUUUACAUGUCUGUUUCCUUUCCUUUCAUUUUCAUUCUAACAUAGGAAAUGCUAACAGGUGGGGCUGGCCCAGAGUCAAGCUUCUGACUCCACUUGACACAGUGCCAUUGGGCAUGUCCCUCUUUGAAGGGCUUGUUUGUCUAUCAGAGACUGUCAGAACUCCAUGAGGGCAGGAGAAGGGAUUUUGCAGGAUGAAAGUGCUUGGGAAGCAGUGGCCACCGUUCUGGGGGUUUCAGCCCACCUACCCCAUCCACUGGGCUUUCUAAUCACAGUCCUGCCUGAGAAGCAGACCCUGCCGCCCACCCCUUAGCAUGGAUCCCUUAGCUACUGUCUGUCUUCCAUUGCCGCCUGGGGCUGGGCUGCCGUUUUUGAACACCUGGCAGUGUCUUUGUCGUGUCCUGUCCUCUCUUCUUACAGACCCCAACCCAGGCCUUUGCCUUCUUCUCUCCUGUUUGGAAGCCUCUGUAUCUUCAAGGUGUGGGAACAGAUUUGGUUUUCUCUAAAAAGCUAGAACCUUCUGCUUGUGCAGCGGGCAUCCUCCAGGCUGGUGCUCGCUGCUCUCGAGGAAGCUGCGUCAGAGUGGAGCCGCCCCUCUACUCAGAUAAAAUAGCUUCAGCUGCAGGAAGCCGCCCCCUCCCAUGCCCACCAGCCCACAGCCCUUCACCCCACACAGCCCCCAGAGUUUGCCCGACACCCCCUGAGCGAUGACAGGUCUCAGGAGGGGGCCGCCCCCACACAUGGGAGGGAGAAGCUUAUUUUCCCCACUUGGGCUGGGGGCGGCUGCUGAGGGGGUGAAGAAGAGAUAGCAAUUUAUGUCGCGUGUUUAGUGACACAAUCCAGAUGCAGGUGGCACUUUCUUGAGUGGCAGGUGUCACCCUGGGUCCCGUGUGGGACGGCUUAAUACAGGGGUUUGUGUGUUUGUGUGUGUGGAGGGCCACUGUGCCCCCAGAUCCUCCUCUCCCCCGAGGGCUGCGUCUCUAAACCUGGGAACACAUCAGCCUCAGGAGGAGGCCCCUUUCCGGGUAACUGAUGUGUGGGAGAAGCCAAGAGGCCCCUGCCUGUCUCCUGAAUGAGGCUGUGAGGGUUGCCAUGUGGGCGGGACCAGUUCAAAAUAGCACCCCCGCCCCUCUAAAUUAGACCAUGGUCUCAGCGUGAUCAUCUUCAGUAGAUAAGGGACAGUGGCUGAUUUACUCCAAAUAGUUCCAGCUGGCCACUCAGACCAAGGCCAGAGUUAACUUCUCAAACACCAGCCAGCUGAAAAUUAGGGUUCUCGUGCCGGCAAGUGCUUGGUUGACACACAGCCCUUUGGUGACAAAGCUGGGCUUUGCCUGGAUAGUGUAGACAAGGCUGUUGUUUCAGAGGCUGCAGGGCACAUUCCAGGUUGGGGCCUUUUGUCGGUCUGAAUUCAAUAGGACAUUCCCUGGCUGUGGGUGUUUAGGGCAGGAAUUACAGGCUUGCAGAGAAAGUCAGAGGCAAUGAGAUGCUCCCAGUACCAAACUGUGACACUGGGAUAAGGGUGGCCAUUCCCUUGGGUCAGAGUGGGACCCUAGAGCCAGAGUGAGCUGUGGGUGGCCUGGGUGUGUCCUGUGGAUGGUGGAGACUGUUGAUUUGGAUGUUGAGCUCUGAGUCAGUUUUAGAACCAAGGAUCUCAGGCUGAGAAGGCCAGGUCCCCAUGGGAGUGGAGGAGUCUGAUGGCUCUGCUGCCGAAGCCUACCCCAGCCUGCCACGCCGCUGGCCUUCCCAUGGUAAGGAAGGGGCAGGCAGCAUGGUUCCCACCCUCAGCUGCCCCAGACCCACACAUCCAGCCCCAAGAGCAGCCUCACCCAGGCACGGUGCAGGGCAUUUUAGCUCCUGGGAGGGGAGAUGCCUUUGUGAGUUUCAGAUGUCAGAGCAGAAGCUCCGAGACAGUAAGCCGUGUGCCCCCAAACACUCAGCUCCUAAGUGGCAUGACGGCCAAGUGGCCAGGUUGGGCCCCCCCAACAGCCUGUGCCAUCCACACACUCACUACAGCACUCCCAGAAGAAGGAGCAGAAUCGCAGGCAGCCCAGAGCAGGUCCUGUGGAGGGGUCCUCGCCCCUCAGGAGUAAUAGGGUGAUUAUGUCACAUGUUUAGUGACACAAUCCCACCUGUGUCUGGAUUGUGUCACUAAACAUGCAACAUAAAUUACCAUCUCUUCUCCAUCCCCUCAGCAGCCGCCCCCACCCCAAGCUGGGAAAAUAAGCUUCUCCCUCCCAUAUGUGGGGGCGGCCCCCUCCUAAGACCUGUCAUCACUUAGGGGGAGUUGGGCAAAACCUCCUAGGAAGGUCCUGGAUGCCUCCACCCUGCCCCACAAGGCUCCGUACUCCCACCUGCCUGGGCAGCCCUCACACCCAUGCUCCCUCCUUUAGGCAGGCCCAGAAAGGUGCCCCUUCCUGAGGGUGUCGGGGGAUGGCGGCAGAGAGACAGCUGGUAUUAGGAGCUUCCCCAUCCUUAUAUGCAGGACCAAGUCGCCCGCUCUCCCAGCCAGGGGCUACAGCCAUGCUGGCACAGGCAUCUCAGAGGUGUGAGAUGAACUCCGCCUCAUGCAGGAUGCCCAGGGCUCGGGAGCAGUAAGGAGGAUGCUACAGAAAAGAACUGCAGAAAGAAAAAAAGCCACAUGGUUAACUUUUCCCCUGGAGGGCAAAGGGGUCCGGCUCUCAAAAAGAAAAGCCAGGCACAGAUCCCAACACCAAGUGUAAGGCAGCGCAAAGUGGGGCUGAAACCCCAGGACCAGGUCAAAGGCCUUCCGAAGGCCCGAGGUUCUCGAGGAGGAGGGGAAGCUGAUAGGGCCCUGGUCCUUCUGCACCAGCGUGGCUCUUUAAAAUACAAAACACCCACAAAGCCAAAAACCCUGAAACAUGUUCUUUAGCUAACCCCUUCCAUGCCCAGAUGCCUGCAAUUCUGAGAAUUCACUUCAGUUUUGCCGGAUCCAACCCCUGGGCCUGAGGGUGGAGAGCCAGGCCUCCUCAGGGUCCCUUCUAGGCUCCCAGGCCCACCUUAGGCUUUAAUUGCAUUGGCUGUUUCUUAUGGUGUUAGUGAAUUUUGCAAAGAAAGCCCAGAGCAUUGCAUAAAUGCUUGGGGGCGUGUCAUUUAAAUGGAAGUUCUCCAAUAGUGGCUGAAGACAGAGUUUACUGUUACCCCUCCCUCUUGCUGGCUUUGUUGGAGGGCUUUUAUCAGAGGGAUUGGAGGUGGGAGAGCACUUUUAAAGCACAUCCCACCCCCUGCACCGGAGCUGCACCUAAGCUUCCCAGAGACCAUGACCUUGUCUGUGGCUGGAGGCCUCAGGCUUAGGGAGCAGCCUGAAGCCUUUGCUGCCAACCCCCCCAGGAAAGAAGCCGGGCCUCAGGCUGAGGAAAGACAGGGUUUCCUCUCCGGAGGGCUCAAUGAGCAGCCAGGUAGUGGCCUCAGGCAGUCCUCACCAGGGGGUCACCUCCCUGCUUUGCAUUAAUUCAUCAGCAAGCUCAGCGAGAGCUAAUGUGGGCCCAGCGGUCCUGUGCUUGGAAAUGACGCCCUCACCUCCACACUCCUGCCGUCCCAGCCUCUGCAGAUGAAGAUGCAAGGUGAGCAGAGGCAGGUGUGGGGACACACUCUUCAAGGACAGCACUGCCUCUUCUCCCUCCAGAGAGCUCUGUGCACUGGCUUUGGGGAUGAGGGGCCGGCCUGGUCAGGGGAGGUGACUGUGGUCCUUCUGACCGGCUUGGAUCUUUAAAAUAAUCACAAAAAAGCUCAGCCUGAGCAGGUGGGUGCAAGGCUCAGGGGCCUGUGUUUUUCAUCAGUUUUCUUCCUGCAAGAUUCUUAGAGCUGGAUGUUCACGGGAUCACAGGGGCAUGGAGGUGGUCACGCUCAGACAGUCAUGCACCGCCCUAAAUCCCAGGCAAUGCAGAGAUAGGAAGAAUCCCAACCAGAGUGACCCCAAACGUUCCCUUGUGGCCCAAGAGUGAGUUCCGGCCUGAGUGCUGUUAUGACUGCUGGCAUCUCUCCGACUGCCUCUUGCCUCAGUUUAACCAUCUAUAGGUUAGGAACAAAGAAGGGCUUAGGCAGCCAUCGUUUCCCCAUUUCUGCCAGAGCCAAGGGCUUGGAGGGCCAGCCCCAUGCGGGCAAGAGCUGUCCUCUCCUGCCCAGGCCUCACCUCCUUGCUGCAGCUGGCAAGAUUCUUUCUAGCAGAACAGAAACACUGGCCCCCAAUUUCACUCUCCCCUCCUGAUGCUACCGCAGGGGGCAGAAAGGUGCCCUGUAGCAUCCACCGUGUGUGUGUCCUGAGUUUCCAGUGCAAGUCAUCUGGAUUUGCAUUUAGCUAGGGAACCUCGGCCCUCAAACCCUCUCCCUCUCUGCCUCAAUUUGCCAAAAUGCCAACCAUCCAGGCAGGUGUGGAUGCCACAGUCCAUCCCCUUGCAUUUCACCCCCACGUGGACAGAGGCACAGACUCACACACAUUCCCAGCACCUUUGAAUGCUGGGGGAAGCAGGCCGGGGUGUGCCUGGAGCCUCAGGAUUGGGACUUAUCUCCAAAGGAGCCCACACCCCCUCUUCCGGGAUGGGUGCUGGCUGGCAGCACUUUUUUCCCUCAUCACAUCCCCGACCCCUGCCCAGCCCACAUGCACAUGCUGUUUCCUGUCUCCAGGGCCCUAGCCUGUGGAUGUCUUCCUCCCAUGCACUCCUAGGGUGAGUGGGCUCAGCACCAAACCUGGCUGUGCCCAUUCCCCACAACCCCAGCUUGGCCUCCUGUGGGAAGGGGAAGGCGGACCUGCCCAGAGGAGAGGGGCAGUGUUCCCACCCACCUGCCCCAGCACAGGAACCAGGGAGGAAAGAAGGGAGAGGGAGGUUCCGUUCACCGUUUUCUGGGUUAGCGCUUGACUGGAUGUUUAAAGCAAGGGACAAGGUGAUGGUGGCUGUAACAGGCUCCUCGUGGGCACCAUCACUCCAGAAAGCCUGGGCACCCAUGAGAACCUGUGGCCAGCCCUUUUCAUCGGCUAAGUUCCCUGCUGUUGUGCGUGGUGCCAUUUUUUUUUUUUUAAAAAAAAUAUAUAAAAACAAAACAACUGGUUCUGUGUGUAUCAACUUAAUUUGCAUACGAAUGAGUGUUGUGUUGUGAUUUGCAGUGUUUUGACACCGUGAUUGGCUUUGUUUGGGUCUCUCUUCUUUCUGUGAAAUUAACUGCUGUGCGUUUUCACUGUUCUUAGAGAAGACUCUGAGCUCUGGGGUUUUCUUGUCUCACUUCUACCCCGACCCACGGGGAGCCCGCCCCACCCCAGUCCAGCCACGAGGGGAUUUCCAGCCGAUUCCAAUGACUGGAACCCUUCUUGGAAGAAAACGUCUAAUGUUGGGGAUGUAGGGACGCUUCCAGACUUGCCCUGGCCGGAACCCUGCAGCCUGGGGCCCAAGCCCGCCUGCAGCUCAGCUUUCCCCAACACCCUCAUGACCCAGCCCCAGCCCCAGUAGACCUUCACUGGGAGCUGCUCAGGGGUCUCCACAGCGCCCUCUAGGGGCCAAGCAGGGUUCCAGAUUCUCCAGCCUUCUGCCAGCUUUAAAACCCUUCACUCAAACAGCAUUACUGUACAUGCAAUGAAAAAUACUAUAUAUGACAGUCAAAACCUGUGUACAUAUCUCCAUGUACAUAUUUAUACAUACACACACCUUCCUAUUAUAAAUAUAUGAAGCAUGACAUCUCUUUGGCAUUCCAAGUUUGUGUUUUUUUAAAUCCUUGGAAAUAUGGCUUUGGAAACCUUUUUCUUCCUUUCCCUCUUUUCUAUGUUGUAAUAAACAUUCAUGUGACCUUU